AUGCCAAAUGGGGAUGAUCUUGACGCGAGCGGAGCAAGUGAGAACCGUUCCGAUGACUCUUCUUUCAAAUCGCCGAGCUUGAAUAUGAAAUUGCGAGAGCGGAAGAGGAGGGUGAUCGACGACGAUUAUGUUGAUGAGGUAGGUGAAUUUUCUUUUGUUUUUGAUGUUUUUAGGUGGUUUUUGUUGCCGAGAUGUCCUUGAGAGGUGUAAAUGGAGCUUGUACACAAUAGUAUGAGAUUGUUUGUUGGGAUUUCUGCUGAAAUUCAUUGUUUUGACAUUCUUUCUCUGGAUUCUAUUGGAUUUUGAUGUCUAGUACAAUAUAAGCCAUAUCUUUGAAGUUUCUGCAUAUUUUUUGUCUGAAUUUUGUGAGUAGCGAGAUAAAUCUUUACGCAAGGUGAUUUGAAACAUCCUGGGAAUUAGUUUUACCAAAAAAUUGUGUUUUAGUAUGAUUAUAUUCACCAUGGUUGAGAUAGAAAAAAAUUUAAAAUUUUUAAUUUUUUUGCCAAAGAUUUGAGGUUAAUAUAAGCUUAUCACUUCCCAGAUAACAGAACAUGUCUCUAUGAUUCUUUUCAGCUCAUCUCCUCCCCAUCCAAACGAGGUCGGCCAAAAACUGCGAAACCGAAAACAACCCCAACGAGAAGGCCUCCAGCAGCAAGUCAUGCGGCUAUUGAUAACGCUGAAUCAGACAUAUUCAAUGCCCUAAUGAAAGGAGAGAAGUUUACUGUGCGUUUUGGCAUUUUUUUAAUAAAAAUUUUGCCUAGUGUAAUAUAAUUUUUGAAAAUAUUUUUCAGAAAAUUAUUGACAAAUGGAUUCAAGACUACGAAAGAGAUCAGGAUGACGCUACAGUCAAGUUUCUGCAAUUUCUCAUCACAGCGACCGGUUGUAAAGGCGCUGUCACUACUGUUAUGGUCAGAUCUUUGGAGUUCAAGUAUGUUUUUGAACAAAUUUUGCGACAUUUGAACUUUAGGCAGAUUGUGGACAACUUAUCCGACCAAUUCGACGACGAUUGUGGGGAUUACCCACUGGUUCGAGCGGGAAAUCAAUGGAAGAAAUUUCGAAGUCUGUUUGGAGAAUUUAUUAUGGUAAGAUUUUGAGAUUUUUUUUGUAAAUUUAGGCUUCAAGAAUAAUUGGAAUAUCAUUUAUGCACUGUUGAUUAAUUGGAAAUAGCAAAAAUUUGGAAAAAAAUUGAUGAGAUGUCAUGGAUAAUAUAAAUUUGCUUCAGAUAUUCGUUGGGAAGAUCAAACAGAGCAUCAUAUACGAUGAUGGCUUCACAGACUACGUUAUGCAGUUACUGACUUGUUUUGCAUCUUCAUCGGUCAGAAAUUUCAGACAUACGGCGACUUUUGCAGGUAAAUGGUUUUUCGCACUGUGCGGUUUAUUUUUUAUUUUUUUUUGCACAGUGCAGCGGGUUUGUUUUCAUGUGCACUGUGCGUUUUUUCGAAAAAACGUGUUUUCGCACAGUGCAGAAAUCAAAUCUCGGAGUUUUGUCGCACGGUGCAAAGAUUUUGUUUUUUUUUGACUGCACUGUGCGCUUGCGACAAAAAAUCUUUCGCCUCUCUUUUUGACUUGCACCGUGCAGUCCGUCUUUCUUUUUUUGCACUGUGCAGUUGCGUUAAAGGUUUGUCGCGGAUUCUGUUCACUGCACGGUGCAUUGAGUUUGUUGAAGUUUUGCACGGUGCGUAAAAUUUGUCGAAAGUUGAGGGGGAAUGGUUCGAAAAGUUGUCGCUCUUUGGCUUUGAAAUGCACAGUGCAGUGAAAAAAGGUUUUUGUUUUGCACAGUGCAAAGGAAUUUUUGGGAUUUGGCACGGUGCAGUGGAUUUUUUUUGGAAUUUCGCACAGUGCAAGGGAAUUUUCGGGUUUUUUUUUGGAAUUUCUCCAUUUUUAGAGGGUUUUGGCCAAUUUUUUCGACUAAAAUUCGAAUAAAAUUUUCUACUCGUGUAUAAUAUGAGUCGAUUUUGCAGCCAUGAAGUUCUCCUCGGCCCUGGUGGAUGUUGUAGUAGAGCUGGUCGAGCUGAAAGAGAAAAAUUCGCGCCAAAUCGAGACGGAAAAACUGAAACUGAAGCAGAACCCGAGCAGCGACGCCAUGGAGGCCCUGCUGAAGCAGAAAUCGGACAUUGAACGCAAAAUCUCCGAGCUCUCCGUGAUGAUCCAGUACGUUUUCAAGCACGUUUUCGCCCACCGCUACCGCGACAUCGUCUCCGACAUUCGCUGCGUGUGCAUCAGCGAGCUGGGCAAGUGGAUGCUGGUCUAUCCGGAGCUGUUCCUCGACGACAGCUACCUGAAAUACGUGGGCUGGCUGCUGUACGACAAGAACCCGGAAGUCCGCUUAAAAUGCGUUCAAACCCUAGUCCCAUUGUUCCAAAAUAGAGUAUAUAGAAGUCGACUGGAGCUGUUCGCAUCAAAGUUUAAAGAGCGAGUCAUUACGAUGGUCAUGGACAAGGAUCGGGAUGUUGCUGUAGGCGCGGUAAAUUUGAUCACAGAGGUCAAUAAGUAAGUUGGAGGAGAAGGAAAAUGGGUUUGGAGUGUUUGAAUUAUCUUGUUGCAUAAUUUGGGAUUUUUUCCGGUUGAGUUUGGCCAAGGAUUCAACGAUUUUUGCGAUAAGGUAGGGCGCAGCUCGCCAGUUCGAAAUUUUUGUGGAAAAGCGGAAUUUUUGGUUGAAUUGGGUUUAGGAGAGCGUAUAAAGCGACAUGAAAUUUUUCCUCGCAGAAAUUUAGCGAGAUUUUUAGGAUUUUUACGAUAAGGUAGGGCGCAGUUCGCCAGUUCGAAAUUUUUGUGGAAAAGCGGAAUUUUUGAUUAAAUUUGGGUUAGAAGAACCUAUAAAGCGAAAUGAAGUUUUUGUCGCGGAAAUUCAGCAAUAAUUUUUGGAUUUUUGCGAUAAGUCAGGGCGCAGCUCGCCAAAAUUAAAUCUGGUUAAAAAAAUGCUAAUAUUUGCGGAAGCGUCUUGUAAAAGCGUACUGUCGCUCUAUACAGGGUUUAGUUUAAUUGACAAAUUUUUUGUUUAACUUAGGGCGCAGCUCGAGAAAUCAGAAAAAUCUGUUUUCUUUUGAAAAAAUCCAAAAAUUUCAGAGCCUUCCCGGAGAUGCUCCAAGUGGAUGAUUGUGCAACCGUCUACGAGGCUGUCUAUUGCGCGAAUCGCGCCCUGGCCCAAGCCGCAGCCCGAUUUCUGGACGCUCGAUUAUUCGGAAAUUCCGAGCCGAAAAAGAUUAUCAAGAAUCUGCUUCAAUUCUACAGCGAAGGAGAAGUUCAUGAUCAUGGCGCCUAUCUGGUGGACUCGCUAAUCGAAGUCACACCGGCCGUAAAAGAUUGGAAAGUCAUGGGAGAGCUUUUGCUGGAAAAUGAUGAUGAAGGUUGGUAAACAUGGUGGAUUUUGUUGUGAAAUUGAGUUGAAUAUGAGGGAUGAAGGAUCGCUGAAGAGAUGAGAGGGAUUUUGGAGGCGAUCGGAUAUUGUUUUAGGCAUUAAUUUUUAGGAAAAUUAGAUUUUUUGAGGAUUUUUACGAUUUUUUUAGUUUUUGUCUUGAUUUUGGAUGGAAUUGGAUAGAGUAAAGGUCAGAGUGUAUAUUAAAUAGUAUGAAAUGUACUUAGAAUAAGAUAAAAUCGAGUUUUUGGUCUUGAAAAAAAAAUUUUUUGAUGAAAUUUUUUUAUUUUUUUUUUGGCGGAUUUGGAUGAAAAUAAGCAUUUUUUGUGUUGUCAGGAUCAUGUGGGAUUCAUAGUUGACGACAGUAAUAAAUUUUAUUAGAAUCUGUCGCUGACAAAUCGCGAAAAAUCAGAUUUUUUGGGAAAUUUUCACAUUUUGUUCGGAAAAGUUGGAUUUUUUUUAACAAGGAAAGUACUUUUAUGGGGUAUGGAGUUGCAGGUCAAGACAUAUAUCAAAAAAUUCGCAAAAUUUUUCUGAUUCAGAAUAUGUAAAAGUUAGCUGCCUGAUUUUGGUUUGCAAGGGCGAAACCCCCUUAAGAACCCCCAGAACUUUUCUCGCACUCCACGCAAAUGCCAUUUUGACCACGUUUUUACCAAUUCAAAAGUUUUGUUUUGAGCUAAGGUAAACCCUGGCAUCUUGACAAGCCUUGAAAUAUCAAAUUUGAUUAAUACUACCCCUUGUUUACAUUGGAACUAUUAAUUUAUUAGGUGUAGUACGAAUUUGAUGUUUUACGGCUUGUCGAGAUGCCACGGUUUACUUUAGAUCAAAGCAAAGCUUUUGAACUGGUAAAAACUUGGUCGAAAAAGUAUUUGUGUGGUGUUGCGAGAAAAGUUCUGAGGGUUUUUUUGCCUUUACAGACCAAAAUUGGGCAGCUAACUUUUACAUAUUCUGAAUCUGAAAAUUUUUGCGAAUUUUUUGAUGUGUGGUCGACCUGUAACUCCAUACCCCAUAGAUGUACUUUUUUGUGAAAAAAUUCAAACUUUUCCGGCAAAAACGUGAAAAUUUCCCCAAAAAUUUUUGGGUUUCUCAUUUUUUUAGCGACAAAUUCAAAAUGAAAUUAUUACUACCGUCAACUGUGGAUCUCGCAUGAUUCUGCCAAGACAAAAAAUGCCCAUUUUCAUCCACAUCCGUCAAAAAAAAAAAAUAAAAAUUUUUCAUCAAAAAUUUUUUUUUCAAAAACAAAAAACUCGAUUUUACCUUAUUCUAAGUACAUUUCAUGCUAUUUAAAGUAUAACCGGGCAUUUGCUCUAUCCAAUUUCAUCCAAAAACAAGACAAAAAACCAAAAAAAUAGUAAAAAUCCUCAAAAAAUCGAAUUUUCCUAAAAAUUAAUGCCCAAAACAAUAUCCGAUCGCCUCCAGAAUCCCUCUCAUCCCAUUAGCUAUAUUUAUCGCUCAAAAAUUUUUCCAUCCAAAAUUUUUUUUUUUUUUUUUUUUUCAAGACAACCCCUUAGAAGUGCUUUCCUUGUUAAAAAAAUACGUUUUUCAGUCUCAGCCGCCGACCUGAUCGAGAUCCUGACCUGCUCGGUGACGCAGAGCCUCACCGACGCCAUCCCGACCGGUCGCGGUCCCAAAAAAACGGUGGUUCAUCAACGAGACGUCCAACUCCAAAUCAAAGAAGAUAAACAACGAUUCACCGACGAUUUCAUCCCCUUACUACCCAAAUUAUUGAACAAAUUCAACGUGGAGGCCGAGAAAUUGGAGCCCCUGCUGAGUUUGUGCACCUUCCUCGAGCUGGAUUUGUACUUUUCCACGAAAAGAGUCCAAUUGUUAACGGAGUUGGUGGAAAAAAUCGCGGAGAUCUUUGAGAAAAACGCCUCAACUGAGGUCCUCAAGAAGAUUGUUGAUGUUUUCUACCAAAUUUCGAAGCACAGCAACGCAAACGCGAAAACGGAAACCAUCAGAGCAAAGCUGAACGAUCAAAUUAUGAGUCAAUUUGUCACACCGGCUCAAAGAUUGCAACAAACUGGAGCGCUGGACGACGAUGACAAGGCGGAUUUGUUCGUCAGUCUCAAGAAAUUGGCCGCUUUGCAAUUGUGAGUUGGAAUUUUGGCGAUUUUUUGAAGUUUUGGAGAUGGCAGCUUGCGCCCGAGCAAGGAAAAAUGGUGGAAAACUGUAGAGUAGGACUUAAAAAAGCUCACUAAAAUUGAAAAUUUCGAAAAAAUGAUUUUUGGUGGCAGCUCGCGCCCGAGCUUUGAAAAAAAAAAAUUUUUUUUUGGAAGCGAAAAUGGAAGGAAAGUGUAGAAUAGGAGUCAAACAAGCUCAAUAGGAUUGAAAAUUUCGAAAAAAAAUAUUUUUUUGGUGGCAGCUCGCGCCCAGGCUUAGUCAAAAAAAUUGACUUUUUGAGAGUUUUUUUUGGUUAAAGAAGAUGAUUUUUAGGGUAAAUAUGAAAUUUUAUUGCUUUUCCGACCCUAUAAAUUUAAUUUCCAGAGCAUUCGACCUCCCAUUCGACCCCUGGGACCUUACAAUAGCCGUUUUGGACCGACAAAACCUGUUCGAUUCGGCGGACGUCAUCGAAAAUGGAGUUCAACUGCUGUUCUACAAUCUCCUCAACAAUUUGAAUCGGGUCGCAUCACUGAAAACGACGAAGACGGAGAAUGUUCGCAUCAAGAAGCGAAGGGACCAAUUUGUCGCAAUCACUCGCGAUAUCUUGGCCAAGGGAGUGAAAGGAGUCGAAAAUGUAGGUUGAUAUGGAGUUUUGAAUGUGAGGGGGCUAGUUUGAGCGUGGAAAUUUGAAGUUUUUAGGGUUUUGUGAUUUGGCAGUUCGCGCCCGAGCUUGGAGGAAAAAUUGAGAUUUUGGAGGGGAUUUUUGCUGGUUUGUAGUGUUGAGACGACUAUAAGGGAGACGGUAAUGAUUUUUGCGAUCUUUUUAACGAUUUAGAAGGAAUUUUUUGUUGGCAGCUCGCGCCCAGGCUUAGUCUUAAAAAUGGUAUUUUGAAGAUUAGUUUUGUUGGGUAUAAAGUGUUUGAAGGUGUAUUAGGGAGACUGUAAUGAUUUUUACGGCUUUUGUAGGGAUUUAGAAUGAUUUUGUUGGUGGCAGCUCGCGCCCAGGCUUUGUUUGAAAUUUGGGAUUUUGAUAAAAGAAAUGAUGAUUUUGUGGUUGAUUAAGUUUUGUGGAGGUAAAAUACGGGUUGUUUCGAUUUUCGUCAAGUUUUACCUUAUUUUAGGCGUUCUCCUGCCUUUGCGACGUCCUAAUUUUCUUCAACCACAAAAUCUCCGAAGACGUACCUCGCUUCGAAGACCUUGGCAUCGAAAUCGACACUCCAUUCAUGAACACGAUCCAUUCGUUUGUGAUUAGCAAUGUUUUCCACUCACUUCCGGACGAAGAGCACAUGGAUCAGGAAAGUCAGAUCGAUCUGACCUGUAAACGACGAAUUGUACUCGGCCAGUACUGCAAAUUGAUCAUUUAUGGCAUCCUGCCGGUCCAUGAAAUGUCAUCGAUCGUCAAAUAUUAUGUUAGGUACCUGGACGACUAUGGUGAUAUCCUCAAGGCAUUGAUCCAAAAAGCCAAAGAUUUGGAUCGAUUACUGGCCGCUAAAGCAUUGAUUCAGGUGCGAAAUGGGGUAGAAUGAAACAAGGAGAAGCUUGAAGGCAGCGGAAGGGAUGAGCAGAAUUUUAGAGGGAGAAAAGGGGAACUGGCCCUUAUUUUAGGUGAUUUUUUGGUGGUUGUAGGUCGUAGAAGGUUUAGAUUGGGUGGAAAAGGGUGUGAAACGAAGAGGAAGAAAUUUGGGAAAUUUUGAGUGGGAUGGGAGAGAAUUCGAGGGUGUGGUAAGGGGGGAUUUUGAAAUUUUUUCCUUUUUUCGGAAGAUUUUUUAUUUUUUUGUGGGAAAUAGUAAGUCUCGGGAUUGAUUUCGGGACUUUCUGAGGUGGUUUCUGUAAAUUUGAGACAAUUUCGGACCUUUUUUUACAAGGAAAAUACUUUUACGUGGUAAGGAGUUACAGGUCGAGACAUAUAUCAAAAAAAUCGAAAAAUUUUUUUGGAUUUAGAAUAUGUAAAAAUUAGCUGCCCAGUUUUGGUUUGUGAGGCCGAAAACAACUUCAGCACUUUUCUUGCAACACCACGCAAAUGCCUUUUUUGACCAAGUUCUUUUCAAUUCAAAAAGUAAAAAAGGGGGAUUUGCGUGGUGUUGCGAGAAAAGUUUUGAGGGGUUUUCGCCCUUACGAACUAAAACUGGGCAGCUGAUUUUUACAUAUUCUGAAUCAGAAAAUGUUUGCGAUUUUUUUGGUAUAUCUGUCGACCUGUAACUCCACACCCCAUAGAAGUACUUUUCUUGUAAAAAAGAGGUCCGAAACUGUCUCAAAUUUAUAGAAAACACCUCAGAAAGUCCCGAAAUCAAUCCCGAGACUUACUGUUUCCCACAAAAAAUAAAUAAAAAAACUUCUGAAAAAAGGGAAAAAUUCCAAAAUCCCCCUUACCACACCCUCGAAUUCUCUCCCAUCCCACACAAAAUUUCCCAAAUUUCUUCCUGUUUCAUUUCCCACCUUUUCCCACCCAAUGUAAGCCUUCUAUGACCUAUAACCACCAAAAAAUCACCUAAAAUAAGGUCCAGUUCCUUUUUUGUCUCUCUAAAACUCCACUCAUCCCCUCCCAUGCCCUCAAAUUUCUCCCACGGUUUCCCACCUAAGCUCAAUUUUUUACAUUUCCUUUAUUUUCAGGCCGUGAUCAACGCCUACGAAGACGCCACCUCGGCCAAACUGCCAGCCGACGAGGAGGCGGAAGCGCUGGGCGAGGUGCACGAACUGGCCAAAAAGUUUUCCCAGUUCUUCCCGGAUGCCACCAAAUCCCGAGAAGCGGUCGCAUACGUCCACCAACUGGGCAUCCGCCACGCCCUUGGCAUCGAAGCCCAACGAAGAGGCGGCCGCGCCCAAGCACUGCCCUUCUUCGAAAUCCUCACCGAAUUUUCAGGGAAACUGCUGAAGGUUGACAGGACUGCGGUGUAAGUUGAAUUUUUUUAUUUUUUGAAGGUUUGGAGGGGAUUUGCAUGGAAUUAGAGGUGUUAUUGAAUGCGGGAGGGAGUCAGCGGGGCUUUUGGGAGAUAAAUUUUGUUUGUGACUGAUUUUUUGAGGGAAUUUUGAGAUUUUUUUGAAAUUUUGAUGGAUUUAUGAGGAAUUUUUGAAGUUUUGAUGGAUUUUUGAGGGACUUUUGAGAUUUUUUUUAAUUUUGAUGGAUUUAUGAGGAAUUUUUGAAAUUUUUGGGGAUUUUUGGAUAAAAUUAGAGGAGAGAAGUAAAUAAAAAUGAGUAAAAUGGCAUUUGGAACCUUUUGCUUGGCAGAUUUAUCGAGUUUUUCUAGGAAUUUUGGGAUUUUUUGAAAGUUUUUGAACGAUUAUUUUUUUAUUUGGGGAUUUUUUGUUGAUUUAGCAGUUUGAGCUUUUUGCUGGGAAUUUUAGGUAGGUUUUAUCAUAGCAUAGAGUCUACAGAGGAUAGUCAUUUAUUUUAUCAAAAAAAAAUUGUCAAUUUUUUUGCCGAAACUCGUCGAUUUUUCCGAAUUUUUGGAGUUUUUUAAAAAAAAAUUUUUUUUUAUUUUUUUAUUAUUUAAAAAUAAAAAAAAAGAAAAAAUAAAAAAAUUAUUAUUUUUUUAAAAUUUUGUAUUUUUUUUAAAUAAUUUUUCGUAUUUUAGCCUGAGCUACCUCGACCAACACGCGAAGCCACCGACCGACUAUCAGAACCGCGACGAAUGGGAACCCUACGUUGCCUACCGCAACUCGCUUGCCUCCAGGCAAUAA